AUGCCAAGCGGCACGAAGCCCUGCGCAAGAUGCAAAGAGAGGCAUGAGAAGUGCGAUGACCAGCAGCCCCGCUGUAGUAGGUGUGAGAAACGCGGCGUCGAAUGUCAUCGCCCUCAACGAAAGUCUUCUUUCCGCCAGGGCUCUACCGCCAAUUACGAAGGUGCCUUCACUAGGGACCAACAUUGGGUGAAUAGUCGCCCGCGGGCAUUCCGUUUUGAUAGCCGCGCGAACAAAAAGGCCGGCGAGAGCAGCCAGCCUCAGGAUGCCAGCAAUGAGUCCCCCGCCAGCAACGCUUCUUCAUUACCCGAGACUCGACUUGCCGUGAGCAGUGUAUUGCACGAGACAGUACGCAAUCUCUCUGACGGCCCCGAUCUCCUCAUUCGCGAGAGGAGGCUCGAAGAGGCCCAACCUCUGCCUGCCCCCAUCAAGCGACGGAGGACCGAGACCGCACCUCACGACGGCAGUGGCAGUCAGUUCCCGGUAUCGCCAGCUGGCUCCGGUACUUCAGGCGCGUCGCCAUGGUCGACAACAGUCCUACCUACAGGACGCGUCCGUCUCAGGGAUGACGAGCCGCCCUUAUCGAGUCCUCAGUCGACAGGUCAGCAGCAGGUGACGGCCGUCAACCAGUUCUCCCCUUCAGCGGACAGUUACCAUCCGCCUAGCGUCGAAGACGCCGCCAUCGUAGGAGGCCUUCAGCCCCCCCAACCAACACCAAACGACGGCAUCCAAGAAGCCUGUCUCCUACGGUACUUCGUAGAAGAGCUCUCUCCAUGGGUUACGUGCCUCACACAAGCCCGGCGCGUGAGUCGAUUUGAUCUCUGUGACGACGAGAGACACUUCCAGCUCGUGGUCGCCCGACGCGCACGGCAAUGUCAGCCGCUUAGGGAUGCCGUCUUCGCUGUCGCCGCCCGUCAUCUCUGCCGGCACCCCCGCUUCCGCGUGGACCCCAGUGGCAGCGGCGGCGGCGGCGUCAUCAUGUACCAGAACCAACCCCUCCCGGACCUCACGCCCCAGAGCGCCUUCGAGUACAUGCUCCGCUGCAUACCUGCAUUACACGAGGUCUCCCGUACGCAGGACGAAGAGUACCGCGAAAACCUCGCCGCUGCCGCCCUCAUCCUCCGUCAAUUCGAGGAGAUGGACCCCGAAGACGCACAGGGUUCGGGAGGUUCCGACUUUGGCAUUGGGAAUGGCAAUGUGAACUUCCUCGACAUCACCAAAGCGAUACUGCGCGCUGCCCCGUCGAGGUGGUCCGGCCUGCUGAGCGCAGUGUACUGGGUCGCGGUAAGACAGGAGAUAUACUUUGCCCUGACGCUGGAGCGGUCCCCGCAAAUAACCGCCCAGCCGCCAGAUCUCGAGCGGGAGGCAUGCUUUGCGAAUAAGCUCAUCUGGUUCAUGUCCGAAGUCGCCAAGUGGAAGAUGGGCGACAGGACAGAGGUGGAAUGGGAAAGACUAAAACACGACGAAGAGAUACUAGCUCUCGAGAGCACACGCCAAUUCAUCCCCCUGACGCAGCGACCGGCAGAUCGAUCCCGGGGGGAGAUCUUCCCCCUCGUCUGGUACGGAUCCGACGUCGAGGUCACCGCCCAGCAACACUUCAUCUUGGCGAGGAUGAUUCUGGUAGCCGAGGACCCGAGUUUACAUAGACAAGGAUCCAAUAGGCGAGCCCAGAGAGACGCAGAGCACCAGGUUCGGGCCAUGAUCCUUGAGCUGUGUGGCCUCGCGCUACACCACCUGCGUGCAGCACCGAAUCUUACCACAGCAGGGAUGGGAAUCAUGCUGUACGGCGACUACUUUAAUGAUCCGUGGGAGAGAGCCGCCCUCUUAGGCGUUUUGGAAGAGUGGAAGAGCCAACACGCUUGGCCCGUGAGGAAGGGAUACGAAGCAUUAGGCAUGGACUAUGCCGGCUGA